UGGGUCUCAGGCUGCAGUAGUUAGCUGUAGCUGUUAGCUUUGGAAACGCGUCGUUACUUAGUUCGGGUUUAUUUUUCCCGCUUCGAUAGUAAAGUUGAGUAAACAGAGAGUUGUCUCCGUGUUCAGGUCUGAAUCUGAAUCUUUCUUCGCCUGAGACAUGGACGGAGAAGAGGACGACUUCAUGUCCGGGAGCCGCUCCGAUGACGGAGGCGGCACUCCGGUUCAGGAUGAACACCCAGCGUCAGACGGUGAAGACAUGAGGAGCGACAGACACCAAUCUGAGGACGAGGGCAGCAACGAUGAGGAUGCCCCCCAUGCCAUGGAGACCAGCGGGGCAGCCAGCGGCUCUGACAACGAGGACCACCAAGGAGUCAACAGCGACUCAGAGGGCGAGGCCCCCAGGCACCACAACGACGGCGACAAGAGUGACUCGGAGACAGAGGCUCCUCGUCCCGCUGACAGCGAUGACGACUCUCCAGCCAAACGCAGGAUGAGCGGAUCAGACAAUGAGGAGGAGUCCCUGGUCAAACAUGGAGCUUCAGGAAACGAGGAGGGGGAAGGGUCGUCCCCUGUCAGAUGCAGGGGCAGCAGCUCGGACAUGGAGGAGGGGGAGGAACGGCACAAAGCGGCUGCAGACAGCGACUCAGAGAACGAGGAUGCCAAACCUGUGGCAUCCAACCGGUCCAAUGCUGACAGUGACUCUGACACAGAGACGCCUGCCAGACGCAAGGUGGCACAGAUAGACUCUGAAGAGGAGGAGGAGGGGAAGCAGCAGGAGGAGGCGGAGCGUGGAGCAGGAGGGAAAUGGAAAGCUGUGAUGCAGUCUGACAGUGAGGAGGAGGAAGGAGGAAGGAGGAAAGCUCCAGCAGGAAGUGAUGGAGAGCAGCAGGAUGAAGAGAGGGAGCAGAGAGACGACAGUGACGACGAGAAGCCAGUGAAGAGGAAGAAGGCCAUCGUGUCAGACAGUGAGGAUGAGGAUGAGGAGAAGGAGGACAAACCAGCAGUGAAGAGGAGUCGGGCGGUGUCAGAUGAUGAGAACUCAGACAGUGAUGGGGGGUUAAUUGGUCCUGAUAAGAGUCUGGCAGCCAAAUUGAGGGAGCUGGGCUCAGACAGCGGGAGCGAUGACGAGGCGUCGAAGGCCAUGGCGGGGAAGAAGGAUGAGAAGGCGCUGUUCGGCAGUGACAGCGACUCUGGAGACGACGAUGAGGAGGAGAAAAUGAUUGCAGACAUCUUUGGAGAGUCUGGAGACGAGGAGGAGGAGGAAUUCACGGGUUUCAACCAGGAGGACCUGGAGGGGGCCAAGAAGGAGGCCAGGGAGAAGCAGCACCAGCUGGAGGAGGAGUCCGACUCUGAUGAAGGCGUUGACCGCAGUGGUCAAGACACCAGCUUCAUGUCUGACUUCGACAUCAUGCUCGCUCGGAGAAAAGCCAUGAACAGCAGGAAGAGAAGACACCGCGACGGAGGGACAUUCAUCAGCGACGCUGAUGAUGUGGUCAGUGCCAUGAUCACCAAGAUGAACGAAGCCGCAGAGGAGGAUCGAACUCUGAACAGUCAGAAGAAACCAGCGCUGAAGAAACUCACUCUGCUGCCACAAGUCGUGAUGCACCUGAAGAAACAGGACUUGAAGGAGACGUUUAUUGACAGCGGAGUGAUGUCUGCCAUUAAAGAGUGGAUCAGUCCUCUUCCAGAUAAAUCACUGCCUGCUCUCAGAAUCAGAGAGGAGUUGCUCAGGAUCCUUCAGGAGCUGCCCAGUGUGAGUCAGGAGACUCUGAAGCACAGUGGGAUUGGCCGCGCCGUCAUGUUCCUGUACAAACAUCCCAAAGAAUCUCGAUCCAACAAAGACCUCGCUCUCAAGCUCAUCAAUGAGUGGUCGCGGCCGAUCUUUGGUUUGACGUCGAACUACAAAGGAAUGACGAGAGAGGAGCGGCAGCAGAGAGACCUGGACCAGCAGAUGCCUCAGAGACGACGACUAAGUUCAGGGGGUCAGACGCCUCGCAGAGACCUGGAGAAACAGCUGACUGGAGAAGAAAAAGCUCUGCGACCCGGAGACCCCGGGUUCUGUGCCAGGGCUCGGGUCCCGAUGCCUUCCAACAAAGACUAUGUUGUACGGCCCAAGUGGAACGUAGAGGUGGACUCCAGCAGAGGUCCGAUGAAGAAGGGUUUGUCUCGUGUUGAUAAACAGAUGCGUAGAUUUGCUGACAUCCGCCGCCUAACGAAGACGGGUCACGCUGUUAAAAUCAGUGUUGAAGGCAACCGGAUGCCACUCUGAUUUUAAUAUCCAUAGGAUUUAUUCACUUUUUUCUUUUUAAUGUUUUGUUCCUGAACAAUCCCACAAUUAUCCUCCCCCUCCCCCCUCCUCCUCAGGUCCAGCUCUGCCUUACUAAAGGGCUGAGGUCAAAGUGUGAACAUCUACAGAGACUCACCUGUGCCUGGACACAAAAUAUUAAAUAUGAUCCACAAUGAUCCUUGGAAUGAAUGACAACUGCUAUUGAUGUUAGCGGUCAGCUAUGUUCAUUUUAUCUCCUAACAUUAGCAUAUGUUAGCAGUUAGCUACAUUAGCUUUAGCUCCAGAUUGACUGUAUCCACAGUGUUAGCAUUACACUUGACCUCAAAGUUAGCAGUCAGCUUUAUGUUGAAAUCUAUAAUACUAUCCAGCAAAUAUUAGAAAAUGACUCAGAGAUAAAAACUAAUGUCUAAAUUCAUUGACUAAUGUUAACAGUUAGCUAUGUACCUUUUUACUUCCAAAUCAAGAAGGUUCCUAAUGUUAACUUAUGUUAGCAGUAAGGUACAUUAGCCUUAUCUAAUACCUAGCAAAAUCUACAACAUUGGCUUAUAUUAUCAGUUAUCAGUGUUAGUCUUAUCUCAAGACUAGCAUGGUCCAUUAGAUAAACUUACGUUAGCGGUCAACUACAUUUGCACUAGCUCCAAACCAAAUGGAUCCUCCAUGUUCACUAAUGUUAGCAUGAUGUUAGCUUUACCACCAAGCCAGCUAAUUAGCAUUCAUGUUUAUAUUCAAGUCCAAAAUGGUAAAUAAUGUUAGCAGUGAGUUGACAUAAUAAUGUGAGCUUUACAUCUAAGCUAACCAUGAUAGUUAAUGUUGGCAGUCUGCUACAUUGACUUUAGCUCCGAACUAACUGUAAAGUGUCGAUAAUGUUAAAUAAUUAGUACUAUAUUAGCUUUCCCAACAAGCCUGCUAAGUUAGCUAAUGUUCGGCUAACAAUAAUGUAACGUAAUGUAGCUUUAAUGUAAUGUAACUGACUGCUAACAUUGUCUUAUGUUAGCAGUCAGCUACAUUAGCUGUAUCUGAUGUUAUCUAAGGUUAGCAGUAUUUUAGCUUUAUCUACAAGCCAACUAAGUUAGUUGAUGUUAACUUAGUUGGCUUGGUCAGUUUACUUGAGUUAAAACCAAUGUAACUAAUGUUCAAAAUGUUAGCUUAUCAUUCAGCUACAUUAACUUUAUCUUUUUAAUAAUCAAGGUCUGAAACAUUAUUUAUAUAAGCAGUUAGCUAUGUAACCUUUUCUUCAAACCAUUACACUCAUUACACUUAUCAGAUAAUUUCUGUCUAUAAUUGACUUUAAUAAAAAUAUUUUCUUAAAACAAGUGACAAAAAUCUGCUGGUGCACUUAUUUUAAGAGUUUUCUGGAAAUGAGUGUCUUCAAACAAAAUGAGUAAAGCAAUUUUCUGUGCUAGAGUCAAAAAAAUUAACAUUCGUUUUAGAAAAUACAUUGAAAUUAAACCACAAAUCUCACCAUACUGGCAGUUUUCUCCACUUGUUUAAAGAAAAUAAAACUACAACAUCAGUCUUUUAACUUUAAAAACUUCACUAUAGCAGCUGCUUGUAGCUGACUUGAAGUUUUAUCACAGCUGCUGUUCCCCAUAAAGGACAAAACUACAGUCUCUUUAUAGUCACCUCAUGAGUACACAGGACUGACUGUGUGAGUUAUUUACAUUUAAACCAGGUGACUUUACUUCAGUACUACCAUCAGUAAGCAGGCAAAGGUGAGAUAAAACUGCCAAAACCAGCCACAGUGGAAAUGAAAUGAACAAUGACAGAUAGAGGGAGGUAAUACUGAUGGUCAGUUCUAUGGUGAUCCUGGUAGUUAGAGAUAAACUCAAUGCAGCUGAUUCAAGGAUCAUUAUGGUGAGAUUUUUGAGUCCAAAUUCCCCUCAAAUUCUCCAGUACUGGAUUUAAGAACAAAAUCUGGCCCUCACUCUCUUUGACUCUGAAUGAGAAGAUGUUUGUAUUUUACUAAUAGGCUGGCCAGACCUACUCCUCAGUCCAUUUUCUCUCUUUUCUGCUCCCGUAGAAACUUUACAGGUGGAAACUGUCUGCAGGACUCAGUUCACACAGGUAACACCAUGGCUCCAUUUGAUCCGGAUCAGUCUUGACCUUUAAAACAGACUCCAGGACUCUGUAGUGAAGAUGUGAGAUCUGAUCCCAAGUCAGUUUGUUGACUGUGUGAAUCAGCCCGUUUGUCUGCACUGUUCUGGAUCAGAUGAUACUUUUCUUAAUAAAGACUCAACAGAAACUCA